AUGGCACAGCUUGCGUUUUCAACUUUCCUGGAGCAGCGUCUGCCUCUUCUAGCUGCGGAAGCUAUAAAGAACGCGCUUGACAAAAUUUCGUCUAAAACCUCUGAACCAGAACUUUCUAUUGAAGCCAUGAGUACCAAAAGCUUCAUUCCAAGUGAACGCUUAAACUCAAUUGAAACAUCAUAUGAGGCUUGUGAAGACGUAUUCCUCGUCUAUCUUGACUUCGUCGGUGGCUCCUCCAUUUCCAGUUCCAAUUAUUCGCUCCUCAGAACACUGACCAGGAAUUUUGAGACGCGGUUCCUUGAAGAUAUGCGGUGUUUGAAUGUUCUUGAUCCAGAUGAAUUGACAAGGGUAGCUUCAUACAUCCCCGAAAUAAUCCAGUUUAUCGAGAAGAUUAUUGACAAUGGUUUUGCGUAUUCUACAUCGGAUGGCUCCAUAUAUUUUAACAUCGAUAAAUUCAAAACGCUGAGCCCUGGAAUAGACAUAAUAACCACCUUCAAAGGGAUGGAGAAGGCUCCUUAUCGAAAAACACGACAGCAAAGGCUUCAAAAAACGACUUUGCUCUCUGGAAGGCAUCCCGGCCAGGGGAACCAAGUUGGCCCAGCCCUUGGGGAAAUGGUCGGCCUGGCUGGCAUAUUGAGUGUUCUGCAAUGGCUUCGGCUAAACUUGGAAGUCAAAUCGAUAUUCAUUCUGGUGGGAUUGAUCUUGCAUUCCCACAUCAUGAUAAUAAACUUCCCCAGAGUGAGGCGUACUGGAAUGAAACCCAAUGGGUCAAUUACUUCCUCCAUAUGGGUCAUCUCUCCAUUCAUGGCUCAAAAAUGUCUAAAUCCCUCAAAAAUUUCACGACUAUAA